GGAAGGGGAAGGGGCUCAUCCAUAAUAUUAGCCCAGUCUAAACCCACCACUAACAAGAGUUCUGUUCUGUUAGCUAGAGUAAAUGGUAGAGCUCUUAUAGUAGCUAAAAACAGAAGACAAAGCUGAGAAAGUGCUUUAGGUAAUAGAGCAAUAUCCAGUGACAGCGAUCAUCAAGAAGUAAUUCUGCGAGAAUGGAAGUAGUCCUGACCAGACUGAGAGAUUUCUCAUGUAAGGAAGCUAGUUUUGAGGACUACAAAGCAGCAGAGAUCUUCAGAGAGCAGCAGCUGACAGAGGAGAAAUGCAGGGAUGAUCGUGCUGGCCGUCCGGACAUAGAGAGUGCUUUGGCCUGGCUGAGACGAGAGCUGAUGGAGAUGCGCUCUCAGGACCAGGCUCUGAUCCGACAGCUCAUGGACCUCCACGCAGGGAUUCAGGAGCUGAAGCAGGAGUGUGCUGUGGACGAUGAUGAAGAGGAGGAGCCGGAUGAAUAUGAAGAACAGUCCUGGGACUCAGACAGUGAAGCAGAUGGGAGCAGUGCUUCCUCCUAUUCAGGAGAAAUGUCCUUUUGCUCAUCCAUCUACUCUAACUUCUAUACUAGUCCCCUCACACACUCCGUGUCUAAGAGGAGCUUCGGCCGUCGUAGUUCAGUACCUUAAACUCCUGGCUCCUGAUCAUUUCUUGAAGUUUUACUAACUGUAUUCAAGAGAACAUAAAAGUAGAUUAUUAUACUGCUAGAAUGGUUCUGGAAAAACAAGUUUGAGUCGCUUUCAGAGCAAAUCGCAGGUUCAGUGUAGGAGUGGAGAGCUGUUUACUGUGAACUCUAUGAUCACAGGUUUCAGUCUGACAAGGUCUAGUGAGAUAGGCUGCUAUUUUCCUUUUAUUUCACUGACAAACUUUGAUAAGUGGCGCGCAUAAAAAUAUAUACAGUGGGGUCCAAAGGUCUGAGAGCAUGAGAGAAAAUGCUUCUGUUUGGCAUGGAUUUAUAAUUUAAUACAACCAUUUUUAUUACAAAUGCUACUAAGACAACUCGAGUGAAAGGAUCUUGGUAUUUGAUAUGCCCCUUUUUGCUUUAAUGAUAAUAUGCACUAUCACACAGGUUUGUGUAAAAGCCAUUGAUGCCUUUUAUAUCAAAUCCUUUGGGGUUUUAUCUAAACCUGUGCUUCAACAGGAGGGACAAAGCACUUAACAUGUGGUCAAUAUCACAAAGUUGUGGAAAACAUUAUUAGUGACCUAGUAAUUAUUCUUCAAAUUUUCAAGUUUUAUAUAUAAACAAAAAAACUCUCAGGCUUUUGAAACCCCCAUAUGUGUGUGUGUGUGUGUGUGUGUGUAGAUACACAUUUAAACACAUGCAUAUAUCUGACUCACUACUGUUAGUAGCUGCAGAUGUUUGACUUUUUCAGUAGUAAAUGAAAAUUGAGUGUUUGACAUCAUGAUGUGGAACUUCAUGUCACAUAAAGCUGAUACC